ACUUCCGCUUCUACAACCCCGGCACUUCCGGAUUGGAAGGCAGGCGAGGACGCGUUCGGACGAGCUCCUCCUGAAGCCAGGCGCUUGUGGGUGCUAGGCUGCAGUGGUAGAGGAGAAUACUUAAGUCGGCUGGACCCCUCUGAACAGAGCAUCCGCCCGCACCUGUCUGCCUACAGCUGAGGCCUCAGGUCCUGGGUGCGUCUCCCGCAUCUCUGGGUGACAGCAGGGAGGAAGGCUUCAACCAAAGCCCGUGGUGCUUCCACAGAAGUUUCCACAUAGAAAUAAAAUGGAAGGAGAGUCCAGCAGACCGGAAACCCACCCUCCAGUUUUCCGCAAGAAAAAGACAAAGCGCUCUGUACAUAAAGACAGACAUCGGAGGCAUGGCCGCGAGCCCCUGCCAGAUGCCCCCCUGGCAGGCGAGCCGCCUCCCGUAACUAAGAGUGAAGAAGAGAAAGAGCAUCGCCAGCGUCUCGUGUCUUCUCCUCCGAGAAAGUCAGAAGUCUGUGAUGAGACCGAAAAAGCCACUUCUCUACCCAAAAAGAGUAAAAAGAGAAAGAAAAGGGCUUUGGGGGUCGCCAGGGAACCCGGCGUCGUGUACGUCCUGGCGGAUGAGGAAACUGUCGAGGACACAUCAGCGGAUUUGGGAAAGGAGUUCGAUGUCGUUUACCUGGAUCCGAGCAAGGAGCGGAAGGCCCAGAGGGAGCCGGAGGCAGAGGGACCGCCCGCGGCCACCAAGUGGCGGGCCCGUGAGUCAGAAGAGCCGCCGGCCAAGGUGCCGAAGAAAAAGCAUAAAAACCGUCGGAGGAAAGCGGCGGCCUGCGAUGCUGGACGGGCAACCCCAGAGGCAGACCUUGCCCCGCCCGCCUCAGAAUCCCACGAGGAGCAGGACGCCCAGCCUGAAAUGGCCCAACUGCCAGGGUCCGAGGGCCAGAGCAAGCCCAAGAAAAGAAAGCGGAAGCGCUCAACUAACCCGGAAUUCGAGGCCCGGCCUGUGCCCGAGCCUGAGGGUGCUGGGGCCGCGUACUCGGAGGGAUGGCGAGUGGCGGGCAAGGUCGGGACCGCGGGAGGCGGCAAGAGGUCCAGCGGCCUCAAGAAAAGGACUAAGGAAAGGAAGCACAGGUCCCCUGGUGAAGGUGCCCUGGCGUCUGGCGGUGACGCUUCAGUGCCCUGGGCAAGCUUUGAGGACAUGCCCUUUGACUCCCCGGAAGGUAAUGGUUCCUUGAUUGAAGACAGUGCGAAACCCAGGCCACAAGAGGAGAAAACCCAGGCCUGUUCGGAAGAGGUGCAGAGGUUAGAACCUGCAAAUGAAGAAGAAAGCAGUUUGGAAUUGGCUAAAGAGUCUGAACCCAGAUACUUAUCUGAAGAUUCGCGAGAUUCAGGCGAUUCAGAUGUGGAUUUGGGUUCCGCCGUGAAGCAGCUCCAAGAAUUCAUUCCUGACAUCAAGGAAAGGGCCGCCACCACGAUUAAGCGAAUGUAUCGAGAUGACCUGCAGCGGUUUAAAGAAUUUAAAGCCCAAGGUGUCGCCAUUAAAUUUGGCAAAUUUUCCGUGAAGGAAAAUAAGCAGUUAGAGAAAAACGUGCAGGAGUUUCUGUCCCUGACGGGCAUCGAGAAUGCAGACAAGCUGCUGUACACAGACAGAUACCCAGAGGAGAAAUCCCUGAUCACCGACCUAAAAAGAAAACACUCGUUUAGACUGCACAUCGGUAAAGGCAUCGCGCGGCCCUGGAAACUCGUGUACUAUCGAGCAAAGAAGAUGUUUGACGUCAAUAAUUACAAAGGCAGGUACAGCAGAGGCGAUGUGGAGAAGUUAAAGGUAUACCAGGCCCUCCACGGGAACGACUGGAAAAAGAUUGGCGAGCUGGUGUCUCGAAGCAGCCUCUCGGUGGCCCUGAAGUUCUCCCAGAUCAGCAGCGAAAGGAAUCAUGGAGCUUGGAGUAAAACGGAAACCCAGAAACUCAUCAAGGCUGUGGAAGAAGUGAUUCUAAAGAAAAUGUCUCCCCAGGAGCUACAGGAGAUGGAUUCUAAACUCCAAGAGAAUCCCGAAGGCCGCCUGUCGAUUGUUCGAGAAAAACUCUACAGAGGCAUAUCCUGGGUGGAAGUGGAGGCUAAAGUGGAAACCAGGAACUGGAUGCAGUGUAAAAGUAAGUGGACGGAAAUUCUAACCAAGAGGAUGACACAUGGUCGGGACGUGUACCGGGGGGUUAAUGCCCUGCAGGCCAAGAUCAAUCUUAUUGAAAGGUUGUAUGAGAUAAAUGUGGAAGACGCCAACGCCAUAGACUGGGAGGAUCUUGCUGGCACCAUAGGGGACGUUCCUCCGUCUUAUGUCCAAACUAAAUUUUAUAAGCUGAAAGCUACCUGUGUCCCCUUCUGGCAGAAGAAGACUUUCCCAGGCCUUCGGGGGCCUCGCAGCAGUGGCCUGCCCAGCACCCGCGGUUCAGGUGCGCUCCGCCUUGGAGUGUGUGCCGAGAUCCUCUUCUUGGUUCCGCGAGCAUCUCUUCCUGGGUUUGAUUCCCCGCUGCCCUGGCCCUGUGACUGUGGGCAAGUCUUGUCAUGUCUUUAUGCCUCAUUUGAAAAAUGGGUAAACAGCAGUGCCUGCCUCGUAGGAUUUGCGAGAGGAUCGGAUGAGUGACUGUGAGUGAACCAGUGGGACCCAGAUCUUACCCCACUGAGCCACCCAGUGGCAGUAGCACUGCCUUGUCAUCAGUGCCCUCUGUCCUUUGACCUUGGGGAGAGGUUCUGUCAGAUAAUUUCAAAAUUGCAUUACUUGGAGUUCCCAUCAUGGCUCAGUGGUUAACGAAUCCGACUAGGAACCAUGAGGCUGCGGGUUCGAUCCCUGGCC